AUGGAAUGGGCAAAGAGCUUUCUCCUUCUGCAAUCCUUGAGUUGCUUGCAGUUGCAGGCGGAUGAGGUGACGCAAAACACUGCUCUUUGUGCUUAUCACGAGUGGCACAUGGCUCUGGCUGCUUGGCAGGCAGCAGACCGCAACCCAACAAGCCAGAAUAUCAUUUUGGCUUCAUGUGGACGUGCCGGAAUGUGGGAGGUUGCCCAAACACUCUUUACAGCGACUAAGCAUCCGGAUGAGGUGACCUUUACCACAGCGACCAAUGCCUUCGACCUAUCCAGGCAAUGGCCAAAAGCGCUUACUGUGAUCGCCAUGCUGCACUGCUUUGGAAUGGAGCCACAUCGUCAGCGACCUGCCUUGAAUGCAGCGGCUGCCGCCUGUGCAAGACUCCAGCAGUGGGGCCGUGUUUUGCACCAGCUUCAUCAAAUGGUUCUGACAGAAAGUGACUCCACUGGCAUAGCUCCUGAUGUGGUGACUUUUGGAGCAGCCCUCAAUGCCUGCCGUGGAGCACAGCAGCUGGAGCUUGCUGAGAACUUGCUCAAGGUAAUGCGACAGCGUCAAAUGCGUCCCGGAUUAGAAGCAAUGGAUGCAGUGCUGGGUGCUUGUGAGAGGGGGCACAAGUGGGAGCGAGCAUUCGACAUUCUCAGAGGACUUCGUGAGGACGGUUCAGAUGCAGAUUUACCGCUGUUGAGCUCUGCCAUGAACGUUUGUGACAACACCAGCUGGGCGAGAGCGCUAAAUCUAUAUAGACAAUUGUGGCCACUCUCACUCACGCCAGACUUGGCCAUAUUUGGGUCAGCACUCACCGCAUGCAAGGAUGGCCUCUCUUGGACUCCCGCCCUGCAGCUUCUUGUCGAUAUGCGCACUUGUCGCUUCCAUGCUGACGUGGCAGCCGUUAGUUCAGGACUUGCUGCCUGUGCUGGUGCGGGGAGCUGGACAUUUGCCUUGGCCAUGCUUGGAGCAGACGCCAACGCAGUGUGUUUGGAGGCAAUGUUGACUGGCAUGUUUCAGGCUGAAACAGUCAGCUCGGCGCCCACUGUGCUGAAUUGGUUGAGGAACUGCGAGUCCUCACCUCUAAGACAAGGCACCCAUCAGGAGGCAGCAGCUCAUGCGCUGGUAGUGGUGGAACUCUUGGAUGGGCAAGGCCUUCUUGACAACCAGAUCGAGGUUGCAUUUGCCCGGCUUUGGCAACAGCCGGCCCUGGAAUGCCUGUUGAAGUUGCAGCAGGUUGCCCUCAGCGGGAAGGACCAUCAGCUUCAAGAACCCAUUUUGCAGAGGCAAACAAGUCUCGGUCGCCGCUUCCAUUUGUUCGACGCUUCAGAGCAAUGGCAGCCGCAGGCAAGAUGGCUCUCUCGUUUGGCCACACUUUCCAACAUUUUGAACCCGGUGUCCAUGGAGCUUGCUGCGUGGAUAGCUGCAGUUUUGAAUACGAGUGAGGGGGUAUUCGUGCGGAGCCGGAUUGGGUACUAUGGCGAUGGACCUGCAGGAGAAGGACGCUUAAUUCCAGCCUUUGUUGGCCAUGAUCGCGCAGCCCACGCAGAACGCCUUGCCCUUUUACGGCUGUUGAUUGCCGUGGAGGACCACGGAUCUUGA